ACUAGCAUCCCAUCCAGGGGGGGAGUGAAAAUAGACGUAGUCGCUUCAUGCUACAGGAACCGGGAUAAGCUCCGACUGGAUGUGCCACUGGCCGCCUGGCGCAGACUUCACCUGAUACGUCACCCAGGCUUGCGAAACGGUUGAUUUUAACGCUGAAAUAUUUUAUUUCUCGCAGGUUCUUCCAGAUACGUUGAGUUACAUGCCUUUGACUCACUACCUGUUUAUUUCCCUUAAUGUUAUUUUGUGGGUGUCGUUGUACUACGCCAACUCGAGGGAUCCGGGAUUUAUCCCGUGCCAUAGUCCCGAUUAUGACAUGGCGCUAAAACAGGUUCCAUUCUAUGAAGAGUGGCAGGUCAGAACAGGACAGAAUCCUCUGGAGAACCUUUGUCAUACGUGUAGACUGGUGCGACCCCUGCGUGCAAAGCAUUGUAGGAUAUGUAACCGGUGUGUCAAGCACUUUGAUCAUCACUGUCCGUACAUUAACAACUGCGUCGGCCUUCGGAACAGGGGCCCUUUCUCCAUAUUUGUAUCGUGUGUGGCGUUGUGUAGUUUCAUCACGGUGUACUUUGCUAUCACCAUGUUGUACUUGUUUGGGUUUAGCUGGUUGUUCCUUCUUGGACUGCUACAGUUUAUUGCGGUGUCCAUUCUCAUGGGAGCGCUCUUCAUCUUUAUACUCAAUCAAAUUUCAAUCAACCUUACUACUAACGAAAGAAUAAACAAGAAGCGAUACGCGUACCUCAGAGGACCAUCUGGGAUCUUUCUGAACCCGUUCGACAGGGGUUGCGUUAAGAACUGGUUAGAGUACUUUCACUGGGUGCAACCAUUUGACAAGAAACCGAAUCUUCUGUACAACGUGUAGCGGAUUGUUUCAGUGGAACAGUGAACGAUAAUUAUUCGACUAUAGUUAGAACCGUUGGAAAAGCCACCGAAUCUUCGCCCCAACAUGUUUGCUCGCUCGACGGAUCGUGACGUCAUUUUCCCAACCUCGAAGGGCUAAAGUUUUACUUGAUGAGAUAAAGUGGUGCGAUGAAGAACAUAGUUAUCCAAGAGUCAUUUUCAAGAUGACCCAAACGUUGUCUUGAACAUAUUCCGAAGGUCUGAUAAUAUGACCUCAACCUACCCCUGAAAUGGACCGAGGUCUCUCCAUCCCAAACGUAAAACCUCCCUUGCGUAAUGUAAGCCACUCUCCUGAUGUAACUCGGGUUAAAGAAUGGUAAUUACGCUCGGCUUUAUACCCCAUGAAAGUGAAAACCCAGCUUUGUCCAAGAUGAAGAAUGAUUCCUGGAGAUUAUGAAUGCUCCUAAAAUCAAGCCAGAGAAUAACGCCCUUGAGCAAUGUGCGUCUGUUGAUGGUGUAGUAGCUACCCUAAAUAUUACCGGACAGAAAGUAUUAUAUUAUAAAACAAAGAUGUUUAAUAUAUUUUCGAGAAGUAGAUGGCGCACAGAAAUGCUAAACAUCGAACAAGCGUGAGUGGAUUUUGUAGUGAUUCUAUUUUGCUCCAGCACAAGUUGGUUAUGGGAAGUGAAACAGCAAAUAGUUUUUAUCAAGGCAGUGAUUAAAAAGAGAUCACUAUAACAUGACAAGUGGAGUAAUUCUGGGUUUUUGACGCACUGUGGUCAACUCGCUCUGAGACGGAACGUUCGUUGUAUCCAUUUGAUAUUGUCGUUUAAAACAUUAUAUAAAACGGCUUAGACAAGGGUGCAAAAUGGAAGGGAAGAAAAAAAAUGACAAAAAGGAAGUGCUUCGCUCUUUUGAGGGGGUGGGUGUAAGGAGUUGUGUGUUGUACCUGAAUGCAGUUUUAGCUCAGUUUUAGCAGUGCAGUAUUUCGCGUUAUUUGUGUGCUGUUAUGCAUACGCUCUAAAUAUGCUUCCAUAGCUUUGUUGAAGAUCCAGUAGACGUUGUAAGAAUUUUUGAUGAUUUUAAAGGUAUUUAUGAAAUAUAAGAAACGAAUGGGGUCGGGUGGGAUACUAGAUGUGAAAUAUUGAAAAUUUAGAUCGAAUUUUACACAAUUAUCAAUUGAUAGAUGGACAUACGUCAAUAAUAGAUCUCUAUCAAACUGUAGUGCUCUCGUGUUGGGGGUA